AUGCCAGUCUUUAAAUGUAUUUAUAGUGUAUAUAGAUCCAUAGCAUUUGCAUACCGCGUGCGGUCACGUGAAUCAUUUUUGUUGAUCUUGGAGAACCUGAUUCAGGUAUAUCAGCCAGAUAGGAUGUCCAAGUUUGCCAAUUUGUAUUGGUCUCCAGACUAUGAGUCAGGAAUCCAGAACCUUGGUGUUCAACUGCACCGAUCUCUCUCGCAAUUGCAUGAACUUCGCAAAUUAGUCUUCAACUACAUGAAACUAUAUCAUUCCAAUGGCGAGUAUUUGGCAACGCUUGCACAAAACUCGUUUUCACCAGAAAGCGGAUAUCAUAGUGUUCGAAGAAAGCAACCACACGAUUCUCGGAAGAAGGAUUCUUCGGAUGUUAACAUAUCGUAUCUUUUUCUGCAAUAUGUCCAGAGAGCUACUUCUGAGCUGCAAGAAUAUCAAGCCUUAGCUUCAGACAUAGAUCGUUCCGUUUUGGAGCAACUCACUGUAUUCAUAAAACAACAUGAACCGCAGAUAAACAAGUGCUUAAAUCUGAUCAACGAAUUACUUCUCGAUUACCAGGCAUCUUAUCAGACAGUGGAGCAGAAGAAGAUCGAAUUUGAUUCCAUUAAACGAACUUCAGAGUUUUCAGCACAAGAGGCGGAUGCGAAAAGAUCCAAAGAUGUUUCUAAAGUUGAAAAACUGGAUAACGAGCAAGAAGUGACGCCAAUUCAUAGUCCGAAGCAAACUAGGGACGAAAAAGCCACACAGGCUGGUAAACCUUCACAAGCGCAUACUUUCAACUUCCCUCUCUCAGUUGGGAAUGUUCUAAGCUUUAAUGAUUUGUCUAGCUUUUCAGAUUACUUCUUAAGGCUCGUGGAUGCAAUUCCCAUUACUCGAAGAACAAUCCCUUUACCGGGAUACAGAAAUGAGAUUUUCAGUAGUGACCAACUUUGUGAAUAUCUUCUUAAGGGGAAGGCAAUUGGAUUCAAUCCUUCUCGUUUAAACUUAGAGAAGUUUGGCCAAGGUCUCAUCGACUUGAAGAUUAUAGUUGGCACCGGCUUCUUUGCAAAGAAAUUUGCUUGCGAAGGCAAAUGGUAUGAAUGGUCUGACGAUUUUUUGCAUUCCUUAGGUCGUGGGGUUUCUAAGUCGUCUGACCCACUUCUGCCCUCCCUGAAACUCAAAGCUUUGACCAUCGAAGAUGUUAAUGAGAUGGCACUGACAACUUCGAGACGUUUCAACGGUAUGUUUAAGUCAAUGAAAACAUCCUUAAUGAAGCCCAAGUAUUCAGAAGAUGCCAUAAAGGCAGUGGAGGUAAGUUACAAUGAGCAGUAUCAAGAACUUGAAAAAGCGAAACAUCUUCUCGAUGUCGAGCUCAUCAAUGGCACUCAGUACUUAGAAAGUUUCGAGAAACUGAAAAUCAAAAUUAUCUACAAUUCUUUGACAAAGCUACUGGAAAUAUUACACGUCCAUUCACUGAACUUUUCAGAGCAAGCCCGAGUCUUCUCCCAAAGAUUCAAAACAGAAAUCAACAAACCUGAAUUUUACACUCGAGACUUUGAAAGCAUGGUAUCCGACUUUAGCUGUGGUAUUUAUUUUCCGUCUAAUAUUUCGCCAGAACUUAUGGCUCAAAAACACUUUAUGGGACAUCUAAAUACCAACUUCCAAAAUAUUAAUUUAGAAUUCAAUCUUUUCAAAGACAUACCACUUCAAGCGACUUUAUCUAGCGGGAGUACUGGCUUGUUGACCCUUCGCUCCGUUCCAAAGUUUCUUUACGAAGUUGUUAAAGUGAUUGAAGACGCUUCAUCUGAUUUUACUGAACUCAAGAAACUAUGGUUAGCGCCCCUUGAUCACCAAAUGUAUUGGUUGAUGAAAAAUGAAAUUAUCAUUGAUAUUCAAGCGUUCCAACCGACUUCGGAAGUGAGUGUUCUGUCGGUCAAUAAUGUUGAGUCUGAGAUAAUUCAGAUGAUUAUUGACAGGUUUAAAACGAAAAGCGUUUCCAUGAUUGUCAAUUUCUUGAAGAAUUGGUGCUUAGAAAUUGGAGACUCGGUCAUUCCAUCCACGGUUUAUGACUCUCUUAUGGCUAAUUAUUCGACACAAGGAUCGGAUAUUGAAUCUCAAGAAGCCGAAACUAUUCGUAUCCUUUCAGCAAUUCCACGGAGCAACUUGAGUUCGCUUCUUUUCAUAUUGCACCAUUUUUCCAAAGUUCUUGACAUCUACGUAUUCGAUGAGUUCGGUUUAACAGAUGAUAUUCAUGGGCCAGUAUCUACUUCAGACGAUAGAGAAAAAUUACAAUCCAUUGCAGUAAAUUGCAACCGUAUGGAUGUCGUGGGAAGCGUUCCUUUGCUUCAUUUAUUCAUGAGACCAUCUGUUGCGAAAAACUCAUCCGGAUUCAUUCCUCCAAUUGAAAAGUACAACGUGUUAUUUGGCGAUUUAUUACAGCUGUCUGUUCGCCUCAAGCUUAUGCAAGCAUUGGUUUUAAGCGAAAGAAAGUAUCUCGAACGCCAGGAACAACAAAGAAAAAAUCUCGGUAUCAUCAAGAAGACACCAGAAAUUGUGACGGAUAGUGCACCCAACAAUGAACUUGUAUGCGAAAAGAAUGAGUCCAAAAAGAAUCCCCUGACCCCACGGAAGAUGUCAAAUGCCAGCCAAGGUCCUCCUUUGCUUAGUACAGACGCUUUCGAAUUAAGACCAUUUCGAACAGGAACCACGCCACGUUCGUCACCCUUGAGUUCCCCAGUUCGCCAAGAACGACAGCUUACAAUGCCGAAAAGUCCGAGUACCAAUUUUCUAAAACCUAUUGACAUCAACAUCACCUUACAUGAUGCAACUUGA